AGCUGUACACAAAAAUGGCACCCACCAUCCGACCAAAAACGAAGUUAAAAUAGUUGCAUUACAUUUCACCCACCAAAAGAAAAGGAGAGGGGAACGCAAUAUUAGGCGUAUUAGCUUUUACCGGCGAAAAAUCUAACAAUCCAAACAUCUUUCAGGCUGCUCUCUUCUGGACUGCAAUUAUCUUAUCCUGCACACUCUCUCUUAGCUCCAUAUCUAAGUGGAGAACAUACAGUCAUUCAAGGUUUCCUGAAGAGAGAGGUGUUCAAUUCCUUUGCUUCUUCAUCCGCGGGCCCAAAUUUUGAUUGACACAUGUUUAGCUUCCAGCAACCACACGAUCAUGUCACUAAAGGACUGCUGAUGAUUAUAGAAAAGGUUUUCGAGCUGUCAAAGUAGAUCAAAGACGGUAUCAUGGGUGCAUGUUGUUGCUGUUUGCGAGAUGAAUGUGAAGAUUUGGCCAAUCCCAACAGCUCAAUGUAUAGGAACUGUUUAUGCCUUCGAUCUUUUGUUCAGAACUUCUUGCAUGUGUAUACAUCAUUAUUUCAUAGAGGAGAACAAAAUACCAUUUCUUCACCCACCUUAACAGCAUCUCUUGAUAACUCAAUGUUUGAUAUGUAUCGUUCUCCUCCGAGACCAUUGCUUUAUGAUGCUGAUCCAAGAUAUUUCCGGUUGCAACGAGAUGGAUUAGUGUCAAGGCGGGAGAAAGGGUCAGGUCACUCGCAUGAGGAAACUGAACCGUUACAAAGAAGUGAUAUUGAUGAUGAUUCUGAAUUUUUGAGUAGGGGAAAUAAAUGGGAUGUGUCUAAAUGUGAAGAAGGAUCGAAAGAAAAUAAUUUCAAAUUUUCGGUGAAGAUGUCAACAGCUAAAACGACUACUGGAUUUGCUAAUAUCUAUUCCUCCUCAGAAGAUGAAGAUGUUUGUCCAACAUGUCUUGAAGAAUAUACAGCAGAAGACCCAAAAAUAAUGACAAAAUGCUCUCACCACUUCCACCUGGCUUGCAUAUAUGAGUGGAUGGAGAGAAGUGACAACUGUCCAGUUUGUGGGAAGAUCCACGGGGAAGACACGAGAAUUUUUGCACUUUCCCUUCAAACUAAAGGGCUACCAGAGCAUUUUGCUGCAUGUGGCUCUAGUUUGUGCUACCAAUAUCUUCUGAUUUUGGCCAGUUAUAUGAUAGCUUCCAUUUCUUUUAGGAGAGAUACAUCUUGGGAGUAAGAAAAGAACUAGAUGCAGCUACUACCUUUAGAAAGUUGAGGGUGUUGUGAGAUAUGAACGAGGGACUAGAAGGUGAAGGCUACAGAUGGUUCUGUUUUGUUUUUUGUAGAAGUCAGUCACUGGUACAAUAUCAUUAAAAAAUGUCUAUCAAUUAUUUUUCUUAUUAGUAAAUGAUAAUGAAAUUUAUUAGAGGCAUCAGGCAAGUGCCAGAUAAAUUGAAAUUGUACAAAUAAGUAUCAGAUCUAGUCAACUAUUUUACAUGCACCCUUGAUAAGUAUUUGUUUCCUACUCAUUUUCUUGGUAAGUAAAAGAGUUCAUCUACAAUGAAAAAAGGCUCAUUUGGACUGGUUAAAACCACACUGCUAAAGGUGAGAGAGGUGAAUGAGAAUCUGUUUAAUUUGUCUUUUUAGUUCUACAGGCUUUAGAUGCCAGAACUUCGCAGCAAUUUCUUUAGUAGUUCAUUUGUGAUUAAUCUUCGUUGCCCCGCCUCUCUUUUAAAGGUGAAGAAGUUAAAGAAAAGAAGAGUACCACAAAAAAGAAAAGCUAGGAAUUCUAUAGGUAAUAAAUGUACCAUUCAUGUUAUGCAGUUAAACGAGGGAAUGAAUAAUUUUGGAUUACUGAUAGAGUGAUGGUGUCCUUGUCCUCUCUGUUUGAGGUUUUUUUUUUUCAAAAAAACAUUUAAAACAUAAGCAGGUGAAUGAGUUUGUGUGAGGAGUGUUAAAUUUAAUAAAUAUGUUGCUCUUUUUUAAGAAAUCAGGGGGUGAAUCUUUUUGUAUUGGCAUAAUACAUAAAAGUGCCUUUUAACUUUGCCUCAACUGA